AUACCUAACCUAAGCAUGUGGUAUCUGUUACACAGCAGCAGUAUAAAUGUGAGACAGAAACUCUGCAUCCUCAGCCUGUGCACAUCCUUGCUACCCAGACGUAGACCAAAGUCUAAAGAUCUUUUAAAGAUGGCUUUUGCUGGUAUCCUUAAUGAGGCCGAUAUUGCUGCUGCAAUCAAGGACUGCGCAGCUGCCGACUCCUUCAACUACAAGACAUUCUUCGCCAAGUGCGGGCUGAGCGGAAAGUCCGCCGAUGAUGUCAAGAAGGCCUUCUUCGUCAUUGACCAGGACAAGAGCGGCUUCAUUGAGGAGGAUGAGCUGAAACUGUUCCUGCAGAACUUCAAGGCUGGUGCUAGGGCUUUGACUGAUGCCGAGACCAAGGUCUUCCUUAAAGCCGGAGACAGUGAUGGUGAUGGCAAGAUUGGAAUUGAUGAGUUCGCUGCCAUGAUCAAGCCAUAAAUCUUGACCAAUCAACACCUCUUGCUUAAAGGAACAACACUGCCCACGACCUCCUUUUUCAUCACGAAAAGCAUCUGAUUUUUAUACAGUAGCCUACACGUGCUUCAAACAUGCCAGCGGGAUUGUCCUCUCCCAUGUUGCACUCUGUCCAAAAUGAUGACUGUCAAUGUAAUGUGGUUGUGUCUCAUGUCCUGAGUAUGAAUUUUGGUACUUGGAAAAUCUGCACUUUUGGGGAAUGGACGAUGAGAGAAGAAUAAAUUUUCUUUUUCUUUA